AUGUUCGGAUUUGGACAGACAUCAGCAGGAACCGGCUUUGCGGCCGCUCCAGCAGUGACAGCAGGGAAAAGUGCUCCGUUUUCCGGCGUAGGCACAGGGGCGACGGCAGCAGCGCCGGGAGGCUUCGGAAGUUUUGGCACAAACACCGCCGCGAUUGGAGGCUUUGGCACAAGCACUGUUGGCUUUGGCGGAUUCGGUGCCUCGAAGGGCUUCGGCACUGCAAGAGCUAUUGGGGCUCAGCCGCAGGUUCCCCCGUAUAAGGGGAUAAAGGGUCCGGGCUUCUCCAAUGACUGGGCACGCAGCGUCAACUUCUCCACGCUGCGUGACGAUGCACUGUUUGAAGAGCUGCCACCAUCGUUGCAGCAACACCUCAUGGAGCUGCACAACUUUAUCCAGACGGAGCACGAGGCAAAGCGGUUUGUGGAGAGUUUUCUGGCCGAUUCGGGGGGAGCCGCUGCUGCCAUCUGUAGCUACAGGGAACUGCAGAAGAAACUUGCUCAGCUGACGACCGGGGAGAACGCCGUGGAUGCGAUUCGCGUGGACUGCUUUGAGCGGGAGGUUCAGGGGCAACACCUCGGCAUGCUACUGCAGAAGUGUGAGGAGGAGGUUGUGCAGUACUCAAAGCAGGUCUGGGAACCACUGGUGGAGCAGAACUUCGCGCAGCGGAGCGGUGGAAAUCGAACUGAGUUGCCCUCUGAGCCGUUUCAGCGUUGUCUUCGCGAUGUACAGAUGCGGAUGGAGGAGGUGUCCGCAGCCUUGACGGAGUUGGAGCUUGCCGUCCUGCCCAACGCUCAGCGACAGAAACGCCUGACAGCGGCUGACACCAACAACACUGCCAACACCACCACGGAGCCUGCAUCCUCCGCGUCGCUCUUCUCACGGUACGUGGCAGAGAUGAAGCCACUCGAUAGGACGAGUGGCCUAAGGCCCACAAUGUUCACCUACCCAAUCGUUCAGAUGAACACAACUCUCAGCAAUGAGUUGGCUGCCCUUCUAAAUUUGGCCGCGUGGACAUCGCGACUGCACACCAGGUCGGAUGCAGCCCGGGAUCUCUUUGCCCACUUAUAUGGGGCCUCUGAAGCCGAGGUGUUGCUUGCCCAAGAGCAGCGGCAGCUGCCUGUGGGGCCCAAAAGACCAUUUCCGCUCGGCUCAGCGGAAACAUCUUCGUUUUCAGAACUUGACCAGUACACAAUUGGGGAUAUCCAUAGGCGCUCGGUCGGACUGGACCGCUUGGAUGCCCUUAGCAGCGGGGAGCGCAGAAUGCAGUACGACGUGCUUCUUGAGCGUCAACGACAAGCCCCCGCUCCGGCAUCUCUUGGCACCAGGGCCACUGGGUUUGCUACUUCUGCUGCUGGAGCUGCCGCACCUCUUGCUCCUACGGCUCCUGCUGCCCCGUCUGCGGCCGCAACAACCACCACAACAGCAACAGCCACACCUAGCACUGCCGUUGGCGGCUUCGGUGUGCCGGCUCCGUCCGCAAGUGGACCUUGGGGUACGGCUGCGGUUAGUGGCUCCCCCAGUGCGACUGGCUUUGCCAAGGCUGCAAAUAAACAAAGUCGUUCAUGA